AUGGAAAGUACUACUAAAGCUAUUGAAGAAGAGAACACCCAGAUAAUCCGCCUAGAGAAGUCUGUCCUGGCAAAAACCAAGAAGCAAGAGGUCACCACAUUCCAGAGCGUCCUCUAUAAGGUUCUUCCAGAUGGACAAAUUGAGCCAUCGGAUCCAGACUCCGAAAAAGUUUCAAGAAACAGUAUUGGCUUGAUUUGGCUGAGUUUGAUUCUAAAAAUAGGCGUUUUGUUUUAAAUUUCUUGCAAUCC